AUGUACAACGAAGUCCUUCACACGGUGCCGUUUUCAGACUGCACCUCCGAGGAAUCCGCCAGGAGUACUUCAGAGUCCAAGGAGUCGUCUAGCAGUGGCGAAAACACCGCGGACGAGGAUUGGGUGGCUUCCGGCAGCGAUGCUGGUAAUGAAUCUGAUGUACCGCCUGUGCCCAAUUCCAACGCUAACCCACCAGGCACCCAAGGCACUCUCGUGAAGCCUGCAGCCGUCACCGGCAUCACCUCAAGCUGGUCCGAGCCGCGACAACAAAUGCUCUCUCCCGCAUCUGUGAGGGUUGCUGAAGCUCCGAGGUCCCCAUUAGUGAAUCACUCCCCCGCCCACGCAGGUCGAUCGGCGAACCUUGGCGCUGGACUCCCUGGAAUGGUACCGACCCCUUUCUUUGACGGUGGCGUGGGCCAAGCUGCCGCCAUGGAUGUCGAGCACGGUGACUCGUCUCCCGAGGAGGACACGAAUGGCAAGGGCGAGGCGGAUCGUGAUGUGUUGGAGCUGCAUAGGCUGCUGCGCAACAUUCGCGCACGGAAUGGUGGUGAUUUAUCGGCGGUUCUUGGAGCCGUUGGAAGUCGUGGCACCGCUAUGCUAGGCGCAGAUGAGAUGGAGGUGUUGGGGAGUAUUGGCAGCGGUGCCCCCCAACGUGGCGAACGAGGCAAGGCUCCAGUCUCAGGGGGGCAUGGCAGCCCGCACCCUUCUACAAGUCACGGACAUCGAGACGCUCGUACUGCUUCUCGUGGGCAUCAGCCUGAAGUGCCGCAUACUCAACCUUCUACACCUGCACCGCUUCCCUCACAGCCCGCCCCCAAACCCCAGGCAGGUGUCCGCGGGACUCAUGCUGCACCUCGUGCCCAGAUGAAUCGGGGCAUGUACAACAACCGACUGGGGAAGGAGCGUGCGCACCUCAUCAACACCCACGGUGCUGCACACGGAUCCGGUCCGCCGGCCUCAGCACCACGUGUUGGUGGGAGUGACAAGGGGCAGCCAUCUUACCGGACACGCGGAGCCUGGCACCGCGACCUUGGCGCAGGGUCGGACGUGGGAAACCAGGGCCGUGGUAUGAAACGGGAGAGGAACGUUCCUCAGAUGACUCUGAUCAUCGACUAUGAUCCGGAGAGGAGCGGCGAGGGCCUGAUUCGGGGCAUGCAGUCACCGGAUGAGAUCGUGGUGAGUUGGCGCAUGUAUCACACCCCAUCACUCCCCCCAAGGUUGAAUUCCGCCCAUGCAUACGUGUUGGCGGAUCGUGUAGGGAGAGUUUGCUUCCAUCGAGUCGAUGAAGUUGCCUUUGAUUGUCAAGGGCAUGACCUGGCCUUGUCUGACCGAUUGUUGGGCUUUGAUAUGCACGUGUUCACGCCCUUUCUCUAUGCUGCGAGCCCGUCGCCAGGUGCACGCCAAGUUGGCCAUGGACUUCCUUCUCCGCAACUGUUCGGCUCGAGGUGUGACGCUGUUCCCCUCCAACACCGUGAGGAACGAAGCGUUGCCUCCAAGGUGCACAAGGUGUGGACGAAGUUCCGCAACGACUCCUCGUCGUUCGGCCCCUACAAGAUCGUGUGCGGCCUUGGGAUAGACGUCGUGGGCAGGGGGGUGUACAAGAUGAAGCUCGACCCGAAGAAGAAGGCGGAGUGGUGGGAAACACUUGGCCCACAGGAGCACGAGGGGCACAAGGUCUCCUCGUGGAGCAUUGCAGUGGGAGACAGGAGGCCCUUCACCAGCGCCCUCUUCUUUGCGGCGUGCAAAGCGGCCUACCCGGAGUGGGUCACGGCUGACGGCAUCCUCGUGCUCGUCCCCUACCACAUUGCAUCGGUGCUGUUUUCGUUCGACUAUGGCAUGACGAAUAUGAAGAGCAAGUCGCUGACCCUCUCACAGAGCCCACUGACCAACGAGCGGGAGAUGGUGGAAGUGGUGGCUGAGGUAGAAGAGGCCAUCAAGAUGUGGCUGGUUGUCGCAAAGGGGCGGUUGUAUGUGCCUGAGCUAGGGGCGUUCAAGUGGGGUGAAGCCGGUCUAUUCAUCAACGAGUCCGGGUUUCAGGAGUACCUGCCGGAGGAGUAUCGGAUCAGCCGUGUUGACAACCAACUUGAGACUCUAAUGCGCAUCUGCACAGGAGCACUAGCACAAGGUGAUGGCGUGGCACAGGUCAGCAGCCAGCGUGACCUGGCAAAGCCAGCGGAAGCCAGCUCGGCUGCAGCAGCAUGGCUCGGAUGCAGCAGCAUGGCUCGGAUGCAGCAGCAUGGCUCGGAUGCAGCAGCAUGGCUCGGAUGCAGCAGCAUGGCUCGGAUGCAGCAGCAUGGCUCGGAUGCAGCAGCAUGGCUCGGAUGCAGCAGCAUGGCUCGGAUGCAGCAGCAUGGCUCGGAUGCAGCAGCAUGGCUCGGAUGCAGCAGCAUGGCUCGGAUGCAGCAGCAUGGCUCGGAUGCAGCAGCAUGGCUCGGAUGCAGCAGCAUGGCUCGGAUGCAGCAGCAUGGCUCGGAUGCAGCAGCAUGGCUCGGAUGCAGCAGCAUGGCUCGGAUGCAGCAGCAUGGCUCGGAUGCAGCAGCAUGGCUCGGAUGCAGCAGCAUGGCUCGGAUGCAGCAGCAUGGCUCGGAUGCAGCAGCAUGGCUCGGAUGCAGCAGCAUGGCUCGGAUGCAGCAGCAUGGCUCGGAUGCAGCAGCAUGGCUCGGAUGCAGCAGCAUGGCUCGGAUGCAGCAGCAUGGCUCGGAUGCAGCAGCAUGGCUCGGAUGCAGCAGCAUGGCUCGGAUGCAGCAGCAUGGCUCGGAUGCAGCAGCAUGGCUCGGAUGCAGCAGCAUGGCUCGGAUGCAGCAGCAUGGCUCGGAUGCAGCAGCAUGGCUCGGAUGCAGCAGCAUGGCUCGGAUGCAGCAGCAUGGCUCGGAUGCAGCAGCAUGGCUCGGAUGCAGCAGCAUGGCUCGGAUGCAGCAGCAUGGCUCGGAUGCAGCAGCAUGGCUCGGAUGCAGCAGCAUGGCUCGGAUGCAGCAGCAUGGCUCGGAUGCAGCAGCAUGGCUCGGAUGCAGCAGCAUGGCUCGGAUGCAGCAGCAUGGCUCGGAUGCAGCAGCAUGGCUCGGAUGCAGCAGCAUGGCUCGGAUGCAGCAGCAUGGCUCGGAUGCAGCAGCAUGGCUCGGAUGCAGCAGCAUGGCUCGGAUGCAGCAGCAUGGCUCGGAUGCAGCAGCAUGGCUCGGAUGCAGCAGCAUAGCUCGGAUGCAGCAGCAUAGCUCGAAUGCAGCAGCAUGGCUCGGAUGCAGCAGCAUGGCUCGGAUGCAGCAGCAUGGCUCGGAUGCAGCAGCAUGGCUCGGAUGCAGCAGCAUGGCUCGGAUGCAGCAGCAUGGCUCGGAUGCAGCAGCAUGGCUCGGAUGCAGCAGCAUGGCUCGGAUGCAGCAGCAUGGCUCGGAUGCAGCAGCAUGGCUCGGAUGCAGCAGCAUGGCUCGGAUGCAGCAGCAUGGCUCGGAUGCAGCAGCAUGGCUCGGAUGCAGCAGCAUGGCUCGGAUGCAGCAGCAUGGCUCGGAUGCAGCAGCAUGGCUCGGAUGCAGCAGCAUGGCUCGGAUGCAGCAGCAUGGCUCGGAUGCAGCAGCAUGGCUCGGAUGCAGCAGCAUGGCUCGGAUGCAGCAGCAUGGCUCGGAUGCAGCAGCAGAGCUCGGAUGCAGCAGCAUGGCUCGGAUGCAGCAGCAUGGCUCGGAUGCAGCAGCAUGGCUCGGAUGCAGCAGCAUGGCUCGGAUGCAGCAGCAUGGCUCGGAUGCAGCAGCAUGGCUCGGAUGCAGCAGCAUGGCUCGGAUGCAGCAGCAUGGCUCGGAUGCAGCAGCAUGGCUCGGAUGCAGCAGCAUGGCUCGGAUGCAGCAGCAUGGCUCGGAUGCAGCAGCAUGGCUCGGAUGCAGCAGCAUGGCUCGGAUGCAGCAGCAUGGCUCGGAUGCAGCAGCAUGGCUCGGAUGCAGCAGCAUGGCUCGGAUGCAGCAGCAUGGCUCGGAUGCAGCAGCAUGGCUCGGAUGCAGCAGCAUGGCUCGGAUGCAGCAGCAUGGCUCGGAUGCAGCAGCAUGGCUCGGAUGCAGCAGCAUGGCUCGGAUGCAGCAGCAUGGCUCGGAUGCAGCAGCAUGGCUCGGAUGCAGCAGCAUGGCUCGGAUGCAGCAGCAUGGCUCGGAUGCAGCAGCAUGGCUCGGAUGCAGCAGCAUGGCUCGGAUGCAGCAGCAUGGCUCGGAUGCAGCAGCAUGGCUCGGAUGCAGCAGCAUGGCUCGGAUGCAGCAGCAUGGCUCGGAUGCAGCAGCAUGGCUCGGAUGCAGCAGCAUGGCUCGGAUGCAGCAGCAUGGCUCGGAUGCAGCAGCAUGGCUCGGAUGCAGCAGCAUGGCUCGGAUGCAGCAGCAUGGCUCGGAUGCAGCAGCAUGGCUCGGAUGCAGCAGCAUGGCUCGGAUGCAGCAGCAUGGCUCGGAUGCAGCAGCAUGGCUCGGAUGCAGCAGCAUGGCUCGGAUGCAGCAGCAUGGCUCGGAUGCAGCAGCAUGGCUCGGAUGCAGCAGCAUGGCUCGGAUGCAGCAGCAUGGCUCGGAUGCAGCAGCAUGGCUCGGAUGCAGCAGCAUGGCUCGGAUGCAGCAGCAUGGCUCGGAUGCAGCAGCAUGGCUCGGAUGCAGCAGCAGAGCUCGGAUGCAGCAGCAUGGCUCGGAUGCAGCAGCAUGGCUCGGAUGCAGCAGCAUGGCUCGGAUGCAGCAGCAUGGCUCGGAUGCAGCAGCAUGGCUCGGAUGCAGCAGCAUGGCUCGGAUGCAGCAGCAUGGCUCGGAUGCAGCAGCAUGGCUCGGAUGCAGCAGCAUGGCUCGGAUGCAGCAGCAUGGCUCGGAUGCAGCAGCAUGGCUCGGAUGCAGCAGCAUGGCUCGGAUGCAGCAGCAUGGCUCGGAUGCAGCAGCAUGGCUCGGAUGCAGCAGCAUGGCUCGGAUGCAGCAGCAUGGCUCGGAUGCAGCAGCAUGGCUCGGAUGCAGCAGCAUGGCUCGGAUGCAGCAGCAUGGCUCGGAUGCAGCAGCAUGGCUCGGAUGCAGCAGCAUGGCUCGGAUGCAGCAGCAUGGCUCGGAUGCAGCAGCAUGGCUCGGAUGCAGCAGCAUGGCUCGGAUGCAGCAGCAUGGCUCGGAUGCAGCAGCAUGGCUCGGAUGCAGCAGCAUGGCUCGGAUGCAGCAGCAUGGCUCGGAUGCAGCAGCAUGGCUCGGAUGCAGCAGCAUGGCUCGGAUGCAGCAGCAUAGCUCGGAUGCAGCAGCAUAG